GAAUUUCAACGAGUGUCCAAACAAAAAAGUCUUUGUGCAUGUAUGACUGCUGUAGGAGCUGUGACUGCAGUGUGCGAGGUGUCCCGUCGUAUCCAGGACAAUGCCCGGUGCCAUGAGAACCACCUGCAGCUUUGCCGGGUGCAGAAACUGCUGAAAGGGCGAAAGACGAAGGUGUUGGCCACAGGGAGGUGGUACAUCCGUGAAGGCUGGCUGAAGAUAGUCCCUCCAAAAGGUUCGGAAGCGAAGCCCAAGAUGUUCUUCCUCUUCUCUGACAUGUUGCUGGAGGCCAAACGUUGUAGUCCACUGCAUCCCAACAAUGGAGACAAGUUUGCUGGCCAGCACGCCUACCCACUGCAGGACUGCAAUGUAGAGAAGGUGUUUGGCCACACCAGGAGCCAGGGAGGCCUGCUCAGUCUUACCUUCCCUAAAGCUAAACUCCUACUGAUGUCCAGCAACCAGGAGGAUCUCAAUGACUGGUAUCAAAGCCUGAGCUCAGCAGUCAGGAAGCUUCAGUCUAACCAGACAGUCGUCCAUCAAAGAGAUGAGUUGUAUCGCAGACCUCCUCACGCUGCCACCGAUGACCACGACAUGCUAAGCAACAAUCCUAGCAGGAAGAGAAACAUGAUGAGCGCUGAGACCAGUGAGCAUCCUCAGAACCGUCCAGCUGAACACCAGUGCAGCCCCCUCAAGAGGAUGAAGCAGUGUGACGCUCCAGAGCAGAGCAGAGCAGAGACAUCUUCUUCCAGCUGCACCAUCCUCUGAUGGAUUUCUUCAGAUGAAACUGAACUCAGCCCAAGAUGAAUGUGGAGGCUGCAUGCUUUAACGCCAGGCUGAUUGUGUUACUCAGCUUUUCCAAAUAUGUCGCACAUGCAGCUGUAUGUCUGUGCUAAUAACACCUUUAUUAUUCACUGUGCCUUUUUAACAUGAAGUCAGAGGAGGUUUGUAUUCUUACUGACAGCAGCUUCAUGUGCAAUAUAAACUAUAAUCUUCUUAAGCUGCUCAGCACAUAUCUGAAGAGUGUUUCACUGUGAGCAGUAGUUCUCUCCUUACAGUACAGUGCAAUUAUGAGUUCAUUUCUACAGUUCCUUUUGUGUGUCAUGCUGCAUGGAUGCUGCUUUCUAAUCUUCUGUAAAAGUACAAAGAUUCUGUUUGGAUGGGAGUUGAAAUAAGGGAUGCAUACAGUACAUGGGGAAAGUGAACACCUAUUGUGGCAGGUAAAAUGCAUAGGAAAGCAGUGUGAAAGCAGCAUCUGUAAAGCUUUUCACUCUCCAAGUGUCAAUAGCAAGCAGGGAUGAUUCUGGUCUUCACUGACUGAAGGAAGCAGAAACUGUUGUUGUCAGAUCUAAGUGCUCAUCACGGAUGAAACUCCAAAACAGCCAAUGUUAAAUGGGUGUAUAUUGUAAACCAGGGGUGUCAAACAUACGGCCUGCGGGCCAAAACCGGCCCACCAGAGGGUCCAACCCGGCCCACAGAAUGACUUUGCGAAGUGUAAAACUUACAAGUACAAUUAAACUUUAAAAAAUUUCUGGGCCUUGAUUUAGUAUUUUACUUUAUGAUCAUAAAGUAAAACACUACAUUGAGAACUACGAUGAGUUUGACACCCCUGAUGUAAACAAUAUAAAACAAACAAUAUAAUAUCAAACAAUAUAAUGUUUCAUCAUGAAAAUAUCUAGAGUGCAAAGUGUAAAUGAACCAAAAAUUUGUGAAUAGCUUUCUUUUUUUUGGGGGGGGGAACAGGGUGAAUAUGAAAGUGUUUUCUAUGGUAGUUUUUUAUUGAAUGGCUGUAAGUCUUUCUAGAAGCUUGUUUUUUUUACACAAAUGCCUUCUGCACCACCUUCCAGCCAAUAAUUGGUGGUGAUGGAGUAACAUGUCUUCAGUGUUUAAUUAUUUUAGAAUUUGUUGGUUCAAUAAUGCAUGCAUGCAUGUCUGUGUUUCUUUACAUGAGUAUGUGUUUGAUAAUUAAUACUGACGAUAAUCACACAGAUCAGAGCAACAAUUGUCCAGUUGUGCUUUCAAGCAGCCCAUUGUCUGUCUGAUAACUGAUCAUGACUCACUCCUUACAGUCUUAGAAUGUCUGUUUUGAUUGAUGGCCUGAUUGCCAAUUAUACACUUGUUAUUCUGGUGAUUAAUGAUGAUGAACUGAAUGAGUGCAUUUGCUGAGCUGCAGUGGAUUCUAGAGAAGGUAAUCUGCUGUAGAGUUCUAUGAAUGACAUGCAUCCAGGCAAGGAAGCCUGGUUAUGAUGUUCUGUAUGCUAUCUGUCUUGUGUUUGUUUUAUUACAUAAUAUUGACCCUCCUUCGUUUUACAUUUUAAUCAUAGCCUUAAUCAACAAAUUAAUAAAUAUUAGCCUCUCCAUUG